AUGGAAGAGAUCAGUGUGAAACUUAAACCCCAACAACCCACCUUUGAGGACGAUAAAGGAGAGACAAAUACAAAGGAAGGUGACGGGGAACUUGAUGAAAAAAUCACCAAGGAGAAGGGCCAAGAAAGUGAGCAAGAUGGUAACAAAGAGGAGGAUCUAGAAACAAAUAGAGAGGACGGCAAGUGCUUUAAACAAGAUACCAGUGAUUCAAAAAACGGGAGCUUGAAUAAAGAGGAUAGUUCGCUAAGUGGGACAAAGGAGAGAAGUCCUGAAAGGAUAAGACCUCCUGCGAUCUCAAGCGUGAAUAUGGACUUAUUUAUUGACAACAAGAUUGACAAAUUGGGAUGCUUGAACGAUCUGAAGCAGAUUGAAGCUAUGGCAUUUUUCAAAAGAUUGGUGGAUGAUUUGAUGACUCUUGAUUAUGUUGUUAAGGAAGACCCUGAGAUUGACCUUCGGAGCCUUUUAUUUGAUAACAUGCACGAUGUCUUAACGCCUGGACAGGAUCUAUGUGAUGAAAUAAACGAUGAUGAAGGAAGUGUGGACAGUUUCACCGACGAUAAUAGGGAUAGAUUCCCCACUUUAUUGGAAAAACCAAUGAGCCAGUUGAAAGAUGAGAAACGAACGGAUCGAAAUAGUGCUUUAGAGAAGCUGAAAAGUGUAUCCAACGAACAAUUAGAGGUACCGCUUCGCAAGAACUCUAGAAUCGAUGCUAACUUUGAGGAUGCAAGUGAAACUGCGUUUACAGAUGACGACUUUAGAAGGAAAUCGGGGUCAUACCAUCAGAAUAUUGAUCAUGAGUUAUGUACGAAGAUCAUCCAGAAGUUCUAUCUUAAGCAGGCUCCCUCACUCUCAAUUACCCAGUACUUGGAGAGAAUCAACAAAUUCAUCACUCCGUCUCCUGCAGUGCUGCUUUCCGCAUCCUAUUUUCUCUUUAAUGUGGCAUUUGACUUAAAGCCAGAAAACAAUUGUUCUUUACUUCCCUUACAGUCACCUCCAGAAGAAGAAGGACCAAUCAAAAUGACCAGUGUGGACUCCUUGGACAUUUUCAGACUUGUUCUUAGUGCAUUGCGCAUAUCCUUAAAACUCAUAGAGGAUAAAAACUUUAAACAAGCCUACUAUUGUAAGAUUACCGGUCUACAACAUAUAGAUGAUCUGUUUAAGUUGGAGUUGGCUUUUCUUUAUCUUCUGAACUUCAAUCUGUUCAUCAACGAGUUCUCGCUAACAAGAUUUCUCUUUCAGUUUAAAGUUUUUGAUACCAAUCUGCGUCGUUAUCUGAAAAGCAGGACUGUUUAG